AUGUCCAGCGCUGAGCGGAUAUUGAUCACGGGCGCCGCGGGUUUCAUAGGACAGGGUCUCACAACUGCUUUGAUACAUUCGUCUCCGAAUGUCACCUUAACCCUGACCGAUGUCAUUGAGCCCUCAAUACCGGCAGCCGUAUCGAAUGACGCCAGCCGUAUCACAUCUGUGAAGAGCGACUUGACAGAUGCGGCAGCUAUCACAUCUCUGCUUUCUACAUCUUACUCGGCUGUAUAUCUUCUGCACGGACUCAUGUCUGGCGGCGCAGAAGCGAACCUUGAGCUAGGCUGGAGGGUCAAUUGGGAUAGCCAUCGCUCCAUGCUAGACCAUCUCCGCCACCACGCUCCAGGAACAAAAACAAUCUUUCCCAGCUCCCUAGCGGUCUACGGUCCAUCUUCUGCUAGUGAUGUGACCAGCGAGUUGACUUGCCCCCUGCCACAGUCGAGUUAUGGAGCGCAGAAGCUCAUGGUGGAGACCUACAUCAACGACUUCUCGCGUCGUGGGCUACUCGAUGGACGCAUAGUGCGCCUGCCAACCGUAAUCGUCCGACCCGGUGCACCGUCUGCUGCGGCAAGCUCGUUUGCGAGUGGUAUCGUAAGGGAGCCUUUGAAUGGAGAAACAAGUGUAUUGCCAGUGUCUCGAAAUCUCGAGAUGUGGGUUUGCAGUCCGCAGACUGUGGUAAGCAACCUUGUGUUCGUCAAGGAUAUCCCCAAAGAGAACUUUGGCAAGAGCAGAAUCGUAAACCUGCCCGGCAUUACAGUUACAGUGCAGCACAUUCUGGACGCCCUGGAUUCGGUGGGUGGUAGCAAGGCGACCAGUUUGAUCGAGGAAGCAAGGGACCCCAGCAUUGAGGCUAUAGUUGGCAGUUGGCCAGCAAAAUUUGAUAUUUCGAGGGCCACCAGCCUAGGGAUGAAGGGAGACGUGACAUUAGUGGAGACAGUGAAGGCCUUUGCUGAUAGUCUUAAGUCGUAG